ACUUGUGUAUGGCAAACAGCGAUGUUAGCGGGGCGGGUAUAAAAGUAUGACACAGUCUUUGAAGCUGCGCGCGUAGAGACAGAAUCUGAUGUCUGUGGGUACAUCGCCAAGUUGACAUGAAAAGUAUUUACGAACGAAGCUAGGAAGCAAUAACGAUCGGCCGACUUGAGUUUGUGCUAGUGGAACGACGCCCGUGAAGCGACUCUUUGUGGCGGCGUGUUGCGGCAGCGCUGCAGAACUAGAGAAACAAAGGUGGGAGACGGGACUAUGAGGGGCCCAGCAUGGUUUCUUGUAGCAUUGGCGGUGCUGUGGGUCGCGACUGCUUCGCUGAUUGACAAUCAAAUCCCGGACGGUGCUUACGAGAGGGAUGCGUGGUCGGAUCUUGACAGGAGCAUAGACGCCUUGCAUCGCGCACUGCGCUUUAUGCAGGGCAACCUUCAAGACCUGAACCUCGAUGCAAUAAUCGGGACCAGAAUUGUGAGCGGCCAGCUCAGGGUGUUGCUUGGACAUCACAUGAAGGGCGUCAUACAGACGGAUCCCAUGAUCGCCGAUGUUCUCUCACAGAUUGCAUCGCUGCAGCUACUCGCGCAGAACAUCAGCGACGAGGGCGAACUCGUCGUAAAGAAAACCGAACCGAAGUACUUCUAUAAAAUCGGACCGAUUUUAGCCGACGGAUUCUGGGAGUUGGACUACCCGUCGCGUCAAGUUGCUAUAUCGAUGAUCGGAUUGCCGACAGUCGAUGAUGAAGCCAUAUCAGAGACCGAAUCCGACGACUGCCUUGCAGAACUCUUCAACACCGGGUACAUAGAGAAGUCCGCAGUUGUAAAACGCGUAAAGUGUUUACAGUAG